AUGGCUGGAGCCCGGGGGGCCCCAAAGUUCGCUGGCUCCAAGCCGAGGUCCUGCGCCCUUGCCCCGUCCCAGCAGGUGGAAAGCACGGUGGAGGCUCUGAGCGCGGCGACCGCAGGCCAGGGCGCCUCCAGGGGGUACGAGAGACUGAAUUCUCUCCAAGAGCUUCAACUACUUGAAAUCAUGUGCAAUUAUUUCCAGGAGCAAACCAAGGACUCUGUGCGGCAGAUUAUUUUCUCAUCGCUUUUCAGCCCUCAAGGGAAUAAAGCUGAUGACAGCCGGAUGAGCUUGUUGGGGAAACUGGUCUCUAUGGCUGUGGCCGUGUGCCGAAUCCCAGUGUUGGAGUGUGCGGCCUCCUGGCUCCAGCGGACGCCUGUGGUCUACUGUGUGAGGCUGGCCAGGGCCCUCGUGGAUGACUACUGUUGCUUGGUGCCCGGCUCUGUUCACACACUGAAGCAGACGUUUAGCGCCAGCCCACGGUUCUGCUGCCAAUUCAUAACAUCCGUCACUGCACUCUACGACCUGUCAUCAGAUGACCUCAUCCCACCUCUGGACUUGCUAGAAAUGAUUGUCCACUGGAUAUUUGAGGACCCAAGGUUGAUCCUCAUCACUUUCUUAAAUACUCCGAUUGCAGCCAAUCUCCCGAUAGGAUUUUUAGAGCUCACGCCCCUCAUUGGGCUGAUCCGCUGGUGCGUGAAGGCCCCCCUGGCUUACAAAAGGAAGAAGAAGCCCUGUUUGUCUAACGGGCAUGUCAGUAGCAAGGUUGCCAAGGACCCGGGCGUGGGGCUGGAUCGCGACGCGCACCUCCUGUACUCCAAACUCCACCUCAGUGUCCUGCAAGUCCUCAUGACACUGCAGCUGCACUUGACUGAGAAGAAUCUCUAUGGGCGCCUGGGGCUCAUUCUCUUUGACCACAUGGUCCCGUUGGUGGAGGAGAUCAAUAGGCUCGCGGAUGAACUGAACCCCCUCAACGCCUCCCAGGAAAUUGAGCUCUCACUGGACCGGCUGGCACAAGCUUUGCAGGUGGCCAUGGCCUCUGGAGCUCUGCUGUGCACCAGAGAUGACCUGCGAACGCUGUGCUCCAGGCUGCCCCAUAACAACCUCCUCCAGCUGGUGAUCUCAGGCCCUGUGCAGCAGUCGCCACAUGCAGCUCUCCCUCCUGGCUUCUAUCCACAUAUUCACACGCCCCCGCUGGGCUACGGGCCUGUGCCAGCCCACCCUGCCGCCCACCCUGCGCUGCCCACGCACCCCGGGCACACCUUCAUCUCAGGCGUGACCUUCCCAUUCAGGCCCAUCCGCUAGACCGGGCCUGUGCACCGCAGGGCGGUGGUGGUGUGCCUUCCCGCCUGGACCAAGGACGCCUUCAGAGCCAAAGGGGUGCUGGCCCCAGAGGGGCUUCAGGAAGCAGCAGGCAGAAGUCCUGAGUCACUCAAGUCCAGGUGCCUCUUGGUCAUAUUAAACAUCCAGAUUGGAUGAAUGAAAGGGAGGCAUGCAGCUCUCUGCCGAGUGCCUGCAUGGUUGUGUGCCAGUUCCCAGCCCUGGGGACCCCAGUGGGGAAGCCACUCUACCAGCUCUGCCAGUCCCACUCCUGGCCUCGCUCCUCAGGACGUGAUGCCCGCAGGCAGCUCCGGGAGUUCAGCUGGAACGGCCCCAGCUCGCUGCAGCUCCGGCACUGCUCAGGGACACCGGCGGUGCUUCCCGCCACCUCGGGAAGAAACUUGUUUUAUUGGGAGUCUCCAAAUUUUCCUUUCAUAUGAUCAAAUACAUUUUUUCUAAACAGUU